UCUUUCUUCAUAUAACUUCAAACAACUGAUCUCUGUCUUCUCCACCUCUCCUUCCCUCAAAUUGUUGAACCUUUACACAAGAAAUGGCUACCAAAUUAGCUUUCCUCUUCUAUCUACUCUUCGUUGCCACCAUUCUGGCCCAAAAGCAGGCCUCCAGCGCUGCGGUACCAGCUUCUGAUCAACUGCAUCCCCAAGGCAGUCUCCAAUAUGGCACGAGUGAGGGCAGCCUCCGGCCUCAAGAUUGUCCAUCAAAAUGCACUUACAGAUGCUCAAAAACCUCAUUCAAGAAGCCGUGCAUGCUCUUCUGCCAGAAAUGCUGUGCCAAGUGUUUGUGUGUGCCCCCUGGCACUUACGGCAACAAGCAAGUCUGCCCUUGCUACAACAACUGGAAGACCAAGAGGGGUGGCCCUAAAUGCCCAUGAAACAAUCCAUCUCUGAGAGAUCGACCCAUCAGCCCUAGCCAGAGUUUUCGACAAUUUAUGUUGUCGAUUCUCCACCACCAGUUCAUUACCUGUUUUCACUUGAUCUAUGCAUGUACUGUUGCCCUGUGUUGAGCAUUAAUGUCUUAAGAGGGGCUUUAAAUAGCUAACUAUGAGAAUAUGUGUGCCCACAAGCUGGAGACACCUUAAUCGUUUGAUUGUGUACUUAUCGCUGGUUCUCUACUUAUUUAGUGACAAACCAUGUCACUUGUUCGUUCUCAUGUUA